AUGCACAUCAAAUCAUAACCUUUUUUCUUUGUCUCUAAACCCUAUCAAGUAAAUAUUAAUCUUAAAUCAGAGUCCAGAAUCCUAUCCAAAUAGAUUGGAUAGUAGGAGUUCUCAGGUGGAUGUACUAAAAGUGUUUUAUUUAGAAUAAUUGGUGAGUGAUUUAAGAAAGGACAAUCAGUAGUUGUUUGAUCAAAUGGAAGAGAUGAGAGUUAAAAACUUCGAGAAAGAGAAUGAAUACAUCAAUCAACUGAAAGAUCUACAAGAGCAACUUUUGGAUGUCUAAGCGCUGAACAAAAAUUAUGAAUAUCAGGUCCAAUUUUUAUAGAUGAAGAUCUCCUAUCUAGAACAAAACCAUAGGCCUUAGGAUUUGUAAUUAACAAAUAGCACAGGUAAAUAUUUACAUUUAAUUAGAUUUAUUCAAUUCCAAACUUCAAUCUGAAAGCGAAGAAUCAAAUUAACAAAUUCGAAGUCUCAAUAACAUUUUGGAAUAAAAAAACAUUAUUAUCAAAGAAUAUGAUGAAAUGAGAAAUAAAUUCAAAUUAACACAAAUCGAAUAGUCAACCAAAAUCGAACAAUUAAAUAUUGAAAUUCGUAAUCUAAACAAACAAAUUACCAAAUUGGAACUUUAAUUGAUCAAUCAGUAAAAGUAAGUUUCACUAUACUAAAAUGAAUCUUAAUUAUGGAGAAGCAAAUUUUUAUAAUUAAAUAAAACUUAUAAUAAAAGUUCAGAACAAUUAGUUUUAACAAAUGUUGAACUGGAUACUGCCAAGAAGGAAAUAUAGCAAAUCAACGAAUUACGUAAUAAAAGAAGGAGUGUCGGAAGCAUAGUUUGA